AUGAAGCACCUGCAGAAGCUCCUGCUGGUCCUGCUGCUGGUGACCUGCCCCUCAACUACAGCCUAUUAUCCCUGGAACUGGAUGAAGGGAGGAGGUGAGGUCCUACCCAGCCUGGCUUACCUGCAAGGAAGGAACAACCAUUCCUGUGGUGGCUUCCUAGUGGCUCCAAACUGGGUGAUGACAGCAGCUCAGUGCCUGGCGUACAAACCUCUGACUGCCACCCUGGGAGCUUACUCCACACCCAGGAGACAGCAAAGCUGGCAGACCUUCCAAGUCCAAGAGUACCACAGCCACCCACGCUUCACAAAGCCUGCAGAUGGGGAUGACCUCCUCUUGCUGAAGCUGAGAGGUGAUGCCACCAGCAGUGGCUGCCUUGCCCUUGAGCUGGGCAAAGUCCUCGGUGGGACUGAGUGCAGAGUAGCUGGCUGGGACCAGCAGCCCCCCGGCGCCAGGCUCCGGGAGGCCAACGUCACCAUCAUCAAGCCAAGGGUCUGCAACACCCACUCCAACUGGCGUGCUGACAACAUCAUCUGUGGCAAGAGUCCAUCUGCUGACAUACCUGGAAAGAGUGAUGUUGGGGAUCCUCUCAUCUGCAAGGGCAAAGCCAUUGGCAUCUUCUCCUACAGGCGCGGCCGCUGGGUUGGCCUCUACACACACAUCGCUCGCUACCUCCCUUGGGUCAACAGUGUCAUAAAGCCAGCAUGA